AUGGGAGGAAGCAGUAGUUUAGCAAAGACAAGGAGAGCCUCAUACUCUAUGUUGGAAACUGCAGGAAACAAUAGAUUCUUGAGCCAAAUUGUACGAAUCUGUGCUUAUAACUUGUUGAUAUGGGAAGAGGCACUUGCUUACUUGAAGCUAUCCUCUAAGAUGGUGAGAAGGCUGUUGGAAAUCUUAAUUGCAAAUCUUAGAGUGACCCUUGAUGACUCAAGACUCGGAAAUCCAGCGGAAAUCCAGCGCCACUCUGAUAUGGGCACCUUGACUGUGCUUUUGCAAGAUAAUGCUGGGGAUUUAUAUAUAAAGGUUGAAGAAUAUAAACUUGAUAGCAGAAAAGAAGAGUGGAUAGAGAUUCCACCAAUCCCAAGUGCUUUAGUUAUUAAUGUUGGGGAUUCAUUAGAGAUCCUAAGCAAUAGAAGGUACAAAAGUGCUGAGCACAGAGUGCGUACCUCAAGCAAACAAUCAAGAGUUUCUAUUCCAGUUUUCACUGCUCCAAGGCCGACCGAGAAGUUAGGUCCGCUGCCUCAUUUGGCAGAGCUCGGUGGUGGAGCUCUCUACCGAGAAGUUAUAUUUCAAGAGUACAUGGACAAUUUUUUCGGACAUACUCCUGAAGGAAAGAAACGCUUGAUCUUGUCAAAAUAA